CGGCAGCGGCUCGCGAGUGAGAUGCAGUGAGGUCGGACGGGCGGGCGCGCUGGGCUGGGACACGGCUGCGCUGCAGAGAUGUGACUCGGACCGAGGGCCAGCAGGAGCAUCGGCGCUGCGGGGCCGCGGGGGUCGAGAGAAAGAUGAGAACCCACCAGGUGCUUGCUUUCCUCCUGCUCUUCGUGAUUGCCUCCGGGGCCUCCGAGAACACCAGCACGUCCCGGGGCUGCGGGCUGGACCUCCUUCCUCAGUACGUGUCCCUGUGCGACCUGGACACCAUCUGGGGCAUCGUGGUGGAGGCCGUGGCGGGGGCGGGCGCCCUGAUCACACUGCUUCUCAUUCUCAUCCUCCUGGUGCGCCUGCCGUUCAUCAAGGACAAGGAGAAGAAGGACCCCGUGGGCCUCCACUUCCUCUUCCUCCUGGGGACCCUGGGCCUCUUCGGCCUGACGUUCGCCUUCAUCAUCCGGGAGGAUGAGACCAUCUGCGCCGUCCGCCGGUUCCUCUGGGGCGUCCUCUUCGCGCUCUGCUUCUCCUGCCUGCUGAGCCAGGCGUGGCGCGUGCGGAGGCUGGUGCGCCGCGGCAAGAGCCCGUCGGGCUGGCAGCUGGUGGGCGUGGCCCUGUGCCUGAUGCUCGUGCAGGUCAUCAUCGCCAUCGAGUGGCUCGUGCUGACGGUGCUGCGCGACGAGAAGCCGGCCUGCGCCUACGAGCCGAUGGACUUCGCCAUGGCCCUCAUCUACGACAUGGUGCUGCUCGUGGCCACCCUGGGGCUGGCCCUCUUCACGCUGUGCGGCAAGUUCAAGAAGUGGAAGCAGAACGGGGUCUGCAUCCUGGUCACGGCCUUCCUCUCCGUGCUCGUCUGGGUGGCCUGGAUGACCAUGUACCUCUUCGGCAACGCGGAGCUGCGGCAGGGAGACGCCUGGGGAGACCCCACCUUGGCCAUCACGCUGGUGGCCAGUGGCUGGGUCUUCGUCAUCUUCCACGCCAUCCCAGAGGUCCACUGCACCAUCCUGCCCUCCCCGCAGGAGAACGCACCCAACUACUUCGACACGUCGCAGCCGAGGAUGCGGGAGACGGCGUUUGAGGAGGACGUGCCGCUGCCGCGGACCUACAUGGAGAACAAGGCCUUCUCGAUGGAUGAACACAGCGCAGCUCUCCGAACAGGAUUUCGCAAUGGCAGCUUGGGAAACAGACCCAGCGCUCCAUUCAGAAGUAACGUGUAUCAGCCAACUGAGAUGGCCGUUGUGCUCAACGGGGGGACUAAGGUGCCCCCGUCCAUGCUGUCCUUCAGAAGUGACUUUUAGGAAAAGCCCAGAGUCACGAAACCCUGGCAGAUUUUGCUAGCAUCCAACCUAGUUGAGCUCUCUGUCCCCUGCUCCCUGCCUGCACACCGUGCCCCAGCUGCGUACUGGGUUCCAACUUCUUAAAACAUUUCUGAAGAAACUGAAGUGAUUAUCAUUUCUCUCCCGCGAACACAAAAACAGGUUUACUAUCUGAUGCCAAACAGACCUUCAGCAGAAUUGUCACCAUUUACAUUUUGCCUCCGUGGACUUACAUCAUUUUCUUUCUCUGGCAAUCUAAAAGCUCACUCUCAUUCCCACAUUUAAUUUCCAAACAUAGCUACAUGCUUCUUUCAGAAACAACACAUGAGCCAGUUUACACGUGUAAAUUGGAUUUCCAUUCUUUAUAUCAUGUGCCAAUUCCAUAACUCCACCUGGACUUCUUUGUUUUUAAUGUGAGUCAGGGAUGGUCUCUGAUCUCUGGAGGGAACUUUGGGUUUCCUGGCCUUCAGAUGGGAUGUGAUGCAUCAGUUUGCAUUGGCGUGGAAUGGGCUCAAAGCAAGCGGGCUCACGGAUUGCGUUUGUGAAGACCCCCAGCCAUCCACUGGCCUGUUUAUUGUUGGGCACUAAGAAAAGCCUAAGUUUCAAGCAUUUGGCCUGUGUGUUUUAAUAAAUUUAGUUAGAAAAUAGCCCCAUCAGUCAUUCUUAUCAUUCUGAUAAACCUUCUGAUCAGUCAUUCUUCAGCCCCCCUGGUCUGGUCAAGGCCAGUGUGCAUAAAAACACCCUGGAUUUAGAAAGUGAGGUGGGGUUCUGGGUAAAGAAACAUAUUUGUUCAGGUUCAUGAUUACAGAAAAGGGCAGAUGGCCUUCCCCAAAAUGGAGCGUCCUACAUAACACAUAGUGGUUGCUGCCUUUCCUGGGAAUUAUUCAGCCCAGAAAAGACAAGGUAACUUAUCUAUGGUACGUUGUUAACAAACUGGUUUCUGACAUUGACGUUGCAAAGCACGGAGUUCUUAGUGUGU